AUGGCAGGUUUCACUCUUUCUGUUGUAGAUACAUCCACAAUAUCUUCUGCUGCAACCCGCAAGGUUGUUCAUUCUCUUUCUCCUGCACGCCGCGUCCCCGACAUGCGCGGUGCUGCAAAGCAGGCUAGUGUCGCUGUCAAGCCGAUCAGGCUGCCUUACAAGCAGCUCCAACGAUCAAACAAGUCAACCGCAAAGCCAAGAACGACGUUGGCUGCGUCAAGGCAGAACUUGCCCCCAGCCAGCGGGUUGACGUCAAGGACAAGACCGAGCGCUUCGGCGACUCGUGUACCCCAACUCCACGCACGAUCCAGAGCUGACUACAAGCAGAAUGGUGCCGGUGCGUUUUUGAAGACCAAGAUCCCAAGACCCACGGUUGUGGCGUUGAAGGAUGCUCGGGUCCGACAGAGCAUGGAGUGUCGGGUCAGAUCAGUGAGUGUUGUUCGGACCCCCAAGGCCAAGUUGACUUCACUUCCUGUAGAUCAAGUAGCAGUCGCCCAAGACUGCGAAGACGAGACCACAGAGCAAGGCCCUAUCGAGGUCGACUCUGAAAUCCUGCAGCCUGUCGAGCGGAACGAAGCCGAGGACUCGGGAACCGACGAUUCCUCACUGCUCUUCAACGACAAGAGCUUCGACGAGUCUGUUGAUGCGGACCAACAGACUUCGACCCUCAACCUCAUCGGACGGGAGCUCAUCAGCAUGAAGCGACUCGGGCUUGGACUCCGGAUCCACCGAUCGCCGUGGUUUGUCGGAUUCGCCCAUUGUCCGCAGUACAAGGGCGAAGGUGUCAGCAUGCCACGCGUGCACCCAAGGAAGGAGUUUACUGUGGAGGAGCAAGGACAAGGUACCAAGGGGACAACACGAGGCAACGUAGUCAAAGCUGCCAAACCCGCAUCUUCGGUACCAGCCAAGAGCGAUAAGGUGGCUGCGAUCACGAAGCCUCAGGGGCAGGGAAAGCGUCACCUUCCGACAACCACCACGCCUCUCGCCCGUAGCCAGAAGCCUGUUCCACAGACAAAGGCUAUUGGCGAUCGCAAGCCCCGUCCUACCGCUGGACGAACCCUCAGUAUCAAGCAGUCAGCAGCCCCCAGUACCGACAAGAAGCCACUGGGUCGUGGACCCCACGCAGGAAAGCCCGCUCCAAAGCCAACUGCACGCCCAUCCCUUCCCUCCACGGCCAAGAAGCAGGUCUGUUUCGUCUCCGGACCCAUCAAGCCACGCUUCUUCUCCGCCAAGGAUACCGUCAAGCAGUCCGCAUCCCCUGAUGCCCUGCCAUCACGGUACGAAUGGGCUCCACUCGUCGGUUUGCAGCACUCUCGGCCUACCUCGGUCGGCUCCGAGACAUCAGAGAUCUUCCAAAGCGACAAAGCGGGUAGCUUGACGCUCAAGCGCCGCUUCCUCACUCGUUUCGCCAGCGUCCAGGCGUACGAGACAAUUCGUCGCGAAGAGGCUCUUGCCAGGGGUGAGCAGCCGGGCCUGGGUCAGCUUAACUAUGGCAAUGCUGUUGUCAGGAUUGCCCUGCAAGCGUCCAGGGUCGUCGAGGCGGACCACAUUGGGAUCCUCCAGGACCUGAGUGGUAUUGGUAGGUGUGGACUCGUAGCGACUAGCCGGCGACGAAUGGCCAAUCCCGUUUGGGUCUUUGGAUCGUUCAAGGAGCCCUGGAGCCCUGCGACUAUUCCGACCAAGCGGGUUGCGGCUUAUAAGAAGCCGGUUUUCUAG